AUGGCUUCUGUUGCACUCAACCAUAUUUUGGUCUCGACUAGCCCGACCGGAGUGGCUUUGGUCCAACUGAACCGUCCUUCCAAACGAAAUGCUCUCUCGCAGGACCUCAUCGAUGAAUUGACAGGGGCUUUGCAUCAGCUGAACCGCGACCCAAAUGUACGAUCCGUGGUCUUGACCAGUGUCGAGGGAUCACCAUUCUGUGCUGGUGCAGACCUCAAAGACCUCGCCCGACUAUCUACAGCCGAGGCCUUUCGAAUCGGUUGGCUGAAAGAUGCAGAGGAUGCAUUUUCCUCCUUCCGAAAACCUCUCGUAGCAGCGGUUGACGGCUUCGCGUUUGGUGGAGGGUUCGAAAUUGCUCUGUUGUGUGACAUUAUCUUUGCCUCCGCAGAUGCUCGAUUUGGGUUCCCCGAAAUCAAGUUGGGCACAAUCCCGGGACUCGGUGGUACGCAACGUCUAACGAGGGCGCUUGGGAAACACAAGGUGUCGGAACUUGUAUUAACCGGCUCCGCAAUAACGGCAAGCGAACUCUGUAGAUGUGGAGUCGUGAACAAAGUUUGCUCGGCUGAAGAGAAAGUCGUAGAUGAGGCGUCAAAGUUGGCAGAACAGAUAGCAUCCUUCUCCUCGCCUGCAGUUAGUUUGGCGAAGCAGGCUGUGAAAGCGGCCGAGGCCACGACAUUGGAUGCGGGGCUGGAUAUUGAGCGUGCCCUAUAUUACAGUUCCUUUUCGCUUGCAGACUGUGCUGAAGGUGUAGCAGCGUUCCUUGAAAAGCGCGCUCCGACCUUCCAGCAUAAGUGAUUGUCGUAGAUCCUGUGGGUAUGGUGUCAUAGUCUAAGAUCGGCGUUUGUAGCUGCUCCUUUCGAAUCCAAUAAAAUGAUAUCUCUUCUACCUGCCCAUGUCAUUCUAGUGACCGUUUCGUGCUCUGCAAGAUGAGGUCUUGUUGGCGGAUAAAUUCGCUCAGCAUUACCAUGACUGGUCAUUCUCCGGAUUGGCCAAGACUCAACGGCACGGGAGCGAUAUUAUCUUGCGUUGCCUCUUGUAGCUACUCCGGCUGCUACCGAGCAGCCGAUGUGAUGCGUUCGCAAGGAUCCAAAGGCACAUGCGAUGAAAGCGAGGGUGGACGGAGGAGUGUGGAGACGUG